UUGAACAUCCAACCGCCGUCAUGUUCCUGCGCGGAUCUAAAAAGCGACGGUCCAACCGCUCGCAGGAGGAAGAGGAUCCAGACAGAGGCCAGCCCUGUAUGCGCUGUGGAGACCAGUGCCCCGGCUUCCGUGUGCACGGCUGGAGGAAGAUCUGUGUGCACUGCAAGUGUGUGCGAGAGGAGCAUGCCGUGCGUUCGGUGCCGGGCCAGCUGGAGAAGAUGAUGACGAAGCUGGUCUCCGACUUCCAGAGACACUCCAUCUCUGACGACGACUCGGGCUGUGCCUCUGAGGAGUACGCCUGGGUCCCACCUGGCCUCAAGCCUGAACAGGUGUACCAGUACUUCAGCUGUAUACCUGAGGACAGGGUGCCUUAUGUGAACAGUCCAGGAGAGAGACACCGCAUCAAACAGCUGCUCCACCAGCUACCAGCCCAUGACAGUGAGCCUCAAUACUGUAACUCUCUCGACGAGGAGGAGAAAAAGGAGCUGCGCCUUUUCAGUCAGCAGAGGAAGCGGGAAAACUUGGGCAGAGGCAUUGUCAGACUCUUCCCAGUAACUAUGACUGGGGGAAUCUGCCAACAGUGUGGCAGGCAGAUUUGCGGUGGGGACAUAGCUGUGUUUGCCAGUCGAGCCGAGCAUGGCAGCUGCUGGCACCCCCAGUGUUUCCAGUGCGCCUCCUGCAGCGAGCUGCUGGUCGAUCUGAUCUACUUCUACCAGGACGGACAGAUCUACUGUGGCCGGCACCAUGCUGAGAGGCUCAAGCCUCGCUGCCAGGCCUGCGAUGAGAUCAUUCUUGCAGAUGAGUGCACAGAGGCAGAGGGGAGGCACUGGCACAUGAAGCACUUCUGUUGUUUUGAGUGUGAGACGGCGCUGGGCGGGCAGCGUUACAUCAUGAGAGAGAGCCGACCGUACUGCUGCUCCUGCUAUGAGUCCCUCUACGCCGAGUACUGUGACACAUGUGGAGAACACAUAGGAAUAGAUCAGGGCCAGAUGACGUAUGAGGGUCAACACUGGCACGCUGUGGAAUCAUGCUUCUGCUGUGCCCGAUGUCGACUUCCGCUGUUGGGGCGGCCCUUCCUCCCACGAGGGGGUCUCAUCUUCUGCUCCAGGCCCUGUUCACUGGGUGAAGACCCCAAUAACUCGGACUCCUGUGACUCGGCGCUGCAGAGCAGGACGUCUCAACACAGACGCAACGGGACAACAGAAAAAACCCAGCAAGCACAGCGAGGUUCCCUACAACAGCCACCAGAGGGCAUCAAAGCCCCUAUAACGCCUACAAAAGAUUGCAUUCAUAAUACAAUGGAAAAUAGAGGUGUCCACUGCACUACUCAAGUUCAAAAUGGAGUUCCCUCCCACAGUGCUCACCAUUACCCCCGAGGCUCAUACCCACCCCUUCCCCACAUUCACAGAGGAAACGGUGUUGGACCUUCUUGGCCUGGCGACCUGCCACAAUACAGUUUACUGCCAGGGGACUGUGGAAUCAAACGUCCAGUGGGUGGUCUGGAGUUAAAUGGAUACACUGGACACCCCCUAACUAGUAUUAACUCCAGAGGAACCUCUACUGCUAAGGACUGUAGUAACUGGGUGGAGAGAAGCAGUCAAGCAAUACAAGUGUUUCCUCCUCAGAGUUCUGUGUCCCAAGCUGACCACCUCAUUCCACCUGAGUCGCCUCCUCUCCCGCCUGCUAUUCCAGCUAACCUCCCGCCGCCUCUGCCCACCAAGUCCCGAGAUCUGUUGCCGCAGGAUUCCCCACCCCCUACACCAAGUCUCCCCCAACCAGAGGACACACCCAGCGACACUCCACCCCAGUUUACUCGCAGUGGAACAGCAAGGGUCAGCUUCAGAGAGCCAAUCAGCAGCAGCUACUCUGUCGAGGAGGAUGAGGAUGAAGAGGAGAAUGAGGAGGAACAAGCGGAGGGCGAGGAAAACGAGCCGGAUGAGGAUGAGAUGGAGGGCGGUUUUGGACGCAAGUUACAUCUACAGAAAGGCAUUCCACCUCAAAUGGAUCUGCUGGACGGAUCUUGUUACCACCAGCGUAGCUUGCGGCGAGGAUGGAGUCGUUGCCGCAUCCCAUCAGACUCUAGCCUCCAUCUGGGCACGGAGAGACACUUUCGGCGCUCCCGGCCCGACCGUCCUCGACUGGACGCCCUGGAAUGGAGAAGCGAGAAGGAGAGGGACAGGGCCUGCAGCAACACCCCCUCGCUCACCCUCCAAGCAGGCCACUACAAACACGAAGACUCCUGCUCCACGUGCUCGUCAUCCUCGGACUCAGAGGAAGAAGGCUACUUCCUGGGCCAGCCCAUUCCCCUGCCCCCGCAGCUCCGCAGGCCCCAGCCUGAGGACGGGAGAGAGACAGAGGGAGAAGGGGAGAGGGAGAGGGCGGAGCUACAGAGAGAUUGGGGGUUGAGAGGCAGCUUAAGGCGGAGGAGGGCCCACAGCCUUGGAGCAAAGGACAAAGAUAAAAACUGUGCCAUUUCUUAACUUCAACAACCUGCAACGUAGAAAUACAACAUGUUAUCUUCAAAAUGAUCAGGCGAGAAACAUUUUUAAUAUAAACAGUGGAAAUCAAAGAACUAAUGGCCCUUCAUCACUGUAGAUUAUUUGCUGGAGUUUAUUUUUCUUCAGUUUUCAUCACAUUUAGGAUGAUGAGUCUCUGUUGAAUCCAGCACACCUAUGCAGACUUUUCCAAAGGUGGACUCCAUCCAUUUCUCUGAAACACCACUUAUCAAAGGAAAGCAAAGGAAACCUCAGAAAAAUCACUACCAUAGAAUAGAUGUGACAGUGUAGAAAAUGGCAUCCACACACUGUAUGAAUCAUAUUUUGAAUUUGUCACUGUUGUGAUUAUCGUCAAGUGACUAUUCUGAUGGUUUUGGGGUUGUUGUUUUAAUUCAUUUUAACAUUAUUUUGCUGUUGGAAAGAACUAUAGAAGCCACAGUUUCAUACCAUUUUGGCAGUCUGUUAAACAACAACUACUGUGAUCACACAAGUCAGGUGAGGAUUAGUCUUAGGGUUGCUGCAUUUAUAUUUUCAUAAUGUUCUCAGAUGCAAAUCCUUCAUGUUUAACCAGGAACUGGCUUCAAAUUGUUUUCAGGCUCAUUCUUCCAGCAUGGUUCACAAAAGGCAAAACAACUAAGUUAGAAUACAUCUUCUUUCUUGUUCUGUUUCACCGUUUAUUUUUUCUGCGCCCUUACGUGCAUUGUUUUAUGGCUGUGAUAUUUAAUUACACUUGGCCAAAUAUCAUGGCUGUGUGGCAGUUUAAUAAUGUGUAUAUCAAAAAGAAAGAUCUAUUUGUGUGAAUUUGGAGGUAAACCUAUGAUUGUUUGUGUGUGUUGUACACUCCACAGCAUUCACAAAAUACAUUUUUUGACUCUGAUAAAAAUCUUAUUUCUUUGAAGUCACUUGUUUUUAUAUUCUUGGGUGUAGGUCGCUGUUCCUUUUUGUUCACUGUCAAAUCGCAAUUAUGAGGCUAGUUUCUGU